CCCACACCCACUCCCACUCCCCAGGACAUAUUAAACAGCGAGGAAUCCUGCAAAGGGUUUUCUUUUGCUUUUCAUCUAUCUAUCCAAUCCAAACCACUCCCUCACAAGAAACAAAGCAACCUACUCUACAAACCACACGUCCACACUCCAACGUCUAACCUACCUAAUCCCAACUACACAUCCAAAAUGUCCGACCAGACCUUCCACACCACCACCCAAGACCUCCGCAAGGCCGAAUCGCACGCCUCCCACGCCGGAGCCGGCAACACCCCCAAGAACUCCAACAUCUCCGCCAUGAAGUCCGUCGUCGACCAGAACAACGCCAGCAAGGCCAGCCAGAUCGAACACACCAAGUCCAACCUGCCUCUGCCCGACCAGCCGCCCCGGGCCAGCGACUGGAACUCGGCCGACCAGCGGACCGUCAACGUCGGCUCGGGCGGCAUCGAGGCCCCCGUCUCGGGAGAGAACAACAGUGCCCUGCGCGAGCCGGCGACGGCCAGCAGCAGUGUCCGGGAGUCUGGGGAGGAAUUGCACAAGAACACGCAACCGCUGAGCGGGGUGGGUCGGCAGGGCAAGGAUAACCUGGAUGGGUUGCCGAGGGAUGCUCUGUACCGGUGAUUGGGUUUUGAUUACUUUUGAAUUUAAUGUAUGGUGUGUAUAGAAGGGAAGGGAAGAGUGGUAUUUUUUUUUGAGUAUCGCUCUGGUUGGGUUGGAAUGGGAUUGGGUUAUGGGCUGUAUUAUUAUGAUUCAGUGAUUUAAUGAUGAUAAAAC